AUGGCGGACAUUAGGGUCCAGAGUCUCAAGCAGCCCGUCGACGCCGCCGAAUACCUGUUCCAGCGUCUGCACCAGGUAGGCAUCCGAUCAGUCCAUGGCGUUCCCGGCGACUACAACCUCGUUGCCCUCGACUAUCUGCCGGCGUGCGGGCUCAAGUGGGUGGGAAGCGUCAACGAGCUCAAUGCCGCCUACGCCGCCGACGGCUAUGCGCGCGUCAAGGACAUGGCUGCCCUCGUCACCACCUUUGGCGUCGGCGAGCUUUCCUCCCUCAACGGCAUGGCCGGGGCCUUCUCGGAGCACGUCCCCGUCGUCCACAUUGUCGGCUGUCCGUCAACCGUCUCGCAGCGCGAUGGCAUGCUGCUCCACCACACCCUCGGGAACGGCGACUUCAACGUCUUUGCCAACAUGAGCGCCCAGGUCUCUUGCGACGUGGCCAAGCUCAACAACCCCUCCGACAUUGCCGACCAGAUCGACCAUGCCCUGCGUCAGUGUUGGAUCUGCUCUCGCCCAGUCUACAUCAUGCUCCCGACCGACAUGGUGCAGAGUAAAGUCGAGGGCGACAGACUCAGGACCCCAAUUGACUUGUCCGAGCCGCACAACGAUGUCGAGAGGGAGGACUAUGUUGUCGACGUGGCCCUCAAAUAUCUCGGCGCGGCAAAGCAUCCCAUCAUUCUUGUCGACGCCUGCGCCAUUCGCCACCGCGUGCUCGACGAGGUGCACGCCCUCAUCGGCAGGACGAACCUCCCUGUAUUCGUCACCCCUAUGGGCAAAGGCGCCGUCGAUGAGCAACAUCCCUGCUAUGGCGGUGUCUACGCUGGCGAUGGUUCUUUCCCCACCCAAGUCAAGGACAUCGUUGAAUCGUCCGACCUUAUUCUCACCAUAGGCGCUCUCAAGAGCGAUUUCAACACUGCUGGCUUUUCUUAUCGGACAUCACAGCUCAACACCAUCGACUUCCACAGUGAUCAUUGCAUGGUGCGAUACUCGACAUAUCCCGGCGUCCGCAUGAGGGGCGUUUUGCGCAAGAUGAUCGACAGGAUCGACGCCAAAGAGCUCGCUGCACAGCCCUCUCCGGCGGUCGAGAACGAGGUGGAGAAGAACCUCGACAGCUCGCAAAUCAUCACGCAAGCCUGGUUCUGGCCACGAGUGGGCCGCUUUCUCAAGGAAAAGGAUGUCGUCGUCACCGAAACGGGCACCUCAAACUUCGGCAUCUGGGACACCAAGUUCCCGACCGGCGUGACGGCGCUAAACCAGACCCUCUGGGGGAGCAUCGGGUGGUCUGUGGGAGCUUGCCAGGGCGCCGCCCUCGCAGUCAGAGACGCCGGUGCCCAUCGCAGAACCAUCUUGUUCGUUGGCGACGGCUCCUUUCAACUAACGGCCCAGGAACUGAGCACAAUGAUUCGGCUCAGUUUGAGGCCGAUGAUCUUUGUCAUUUGUAACGAGGGCUUCACCAUUGAGCGCUUUAUCCACGGCAUGGACGCCGAGUACAACGACAUUGCAGAAUGGGACCACAGGGGUCUUGUCGACGUCUUUGGGGGCAAGAAGUCCUGCCGCACGUUCGCCGCCAAGACAAAGGACGAGUUGGACAAGCUCUUUACGGACACCGACUUCAAUGCCGCCCCCUGCCUUCAGCUUGUGGAGGUGUACAUGCCCAAGAAAGAUGCGCCGCGUGCCCUAGUGACGACGGCGGAGGCGAGCGCGAGGAACAACGCGAGGACGGAGUGA